UACGUUCAAGUGUUAAGGUUGAUAUUGCAAUAGUGUUAAGAAAUACUAACAUUAACUCUAAGCUGUAUCAGACAGUUUCAGCUUGAAGGGAAAAAGAAGAAUGUGUGUGGAUUUAAGAUAAUGCUAGAAUAUCAAAUAAUAGUGCUAAAAUACAAAAUCUUUACAUUAAUUAGACAAACUCUCCUUUAGAGAUAUUGUAAUUUAUAUUUUUAUUGGUGACAAAAUUGUGUAGAAGACUGCACAUUGCCUGAUCAAUUAUGCCAAUCUGAGAUUCAACUUCUAGCUAUAACUGAAGAAGUAAAUAAAAUCUAAGCCAUUAGAAAUGGCUCAAGCGACGGUAGUACUGAGUUUCCAUGAAGUUCUUCUCCAUCAGUCAGAUGUCGAUCUUCUGGACGGGCCAUAUUGGCUCAAUGACACAAUAAUAUCAUUUUACUUUGAAUAUCUAGAAAGAGUAUUAUUCACUAACAACGAUGAGUUACUAUUUGUAACUCCGGAAGUGACACAAUGUAUAAAAAUGGUUGGAACAGAUGAAAUCAAUACUUUUUUGGAACCACUUGGUAUAAAUAGGAAGAAGUUUGUAUUCUUUGCGCUAAAUGACAAUAAUUUGCCGGACAUGGCAGGAGGCUCACACUGGAGCCUCUUAGUGUACUCAAAGCCAGAGAGCUGUUUUUACCAUUUGGACUCGUCAUCAGGGAGCAAUCACAAUGUGGCAUGGGAGUUUGCCAGUCAUUUAAUAUCAUAUUUUUCACCUACAGGUUCAAUAAACUUUGUAGACAAGGAAUGCCUCCAGCAAAGCAAUGGCUAUGACUGCGGAAUUCACGUGAUUUGCAACACAGAGAGGCUGGCUGAAUGUGCCCACAGAAAUGGCCAUAUCGGCAUGUGUAACAUGACAGUAAAGAUCUCCCCUGGCUCCAAGAGAAGAGAGAUUCUUGAAAUUAUUAGGAACCUGUCCAGUUCUCAUUGACUUUAAAGUCAUGACACAUUUCACUUAAAAAGUAGCUUGCAAUAUAACACCUAGCUUAGUAAUUAUGAAAUAAUAAGCCUUCCCUUCUCACU